UAGUAAUCCAGGGAGAUCUACAUUGCUCUUAAGUGGAAGCAUAGCAUUGAAUCAAAAUACUAGCUCAUCGUUUCACUUUCUUACACAAGGAUAUUGACACCAGUCUGCUACAAUGGAAGUGCUGACACAUCACCUUUGGCAGAGAGUAUUGCCCUGCCUACCCAGAGCCAUGAGCACUCCCUGGAAAAGCAAUUUGAGCUGUGCUGCUGGACAUGCCCCAAAGCCAACCCCCACUGACUCCAUCUCCCGACUUAGCACACACCUUCCCCUCGUCUCCCGUCUCUUCCAGCCCUCCAACCUGCGUGAUGUGGGCCAGGAGAAGCGUGCUCAGGGGGAUAUGACCUGCAAGAGCCAGAGACUGAUGCAGCAGGCAGGUCUCAUCCACCCCUCCAACCCUGGCUGCUACUACUACCUCCCGGCCACCGUGCGCUCCAUGGAGAAGCUGGUGAGGCUGAUCGACCAGGAGAUGCAGGGGAUCGGUGGGCAGAAGCUGGACAUGCCCAGCCUGUGUUCGGCAGAGCUGUGGAGACGCAGUGAGCGCUGGGACCUGAUGGGGAAAGAGCUGUUCCGCCUGAGGGACCGCCACGGGGCGGAAUACUGCCUGGGCCCCACCCAUGAGGAGGCUGUGACAGAGCUGCUGGCCUCUCAGGGAACCCUGUCCUACAGACAGCUGCCUCUGUUACUCUACCAGAUCACCCGCAAGUUCCGUGAUGAGCCGAAGCCUCGGUUUGGGCUUCUACGCGGGCGGGAGUUCUACAUGAAGGACAUGUACACAUUUGACAUGAGCGAAGAAGCUGCAUACCACACAUAUGAAUCUGUGUGUCAGGCUUACACCCGACUUUUCUCUCGGUUAGGCCUGUGCAUUGUCCAGGUCCACGCUGAUACAGGGAACAUCGGAGGUAAACUCUCCCAUGAGUUCCAGCUCCCCUCGGACAUCGGAGAGGACAGACUACUGGUCUGUGGUAGCUGCUCCUUCUCUGCCAAUGUGGAGACCAUGGAACCUGGCCGGACAGACUGCCCACAGUGCCAGGAGGGAACGCUGGUGGAGUCUAAGGGCAUAGAGGUAGGCCAUACGUUCUACCUAGGCACCAAGUACUCCCACAUAUUCAACGCCACCUUCAACAACACCCAGAACAAGCCUGCUGUCACUGAGAUGGGCUGCUUCGGGCUGGGUGUGACCCGGAUCCUCGCUGCUGCCAUUGAGGUGAUGUCCACGGAGGAGGCUAUCCGCUGGCCUGGGCUGCUUGCCCCUUACCAGGUCUGUGUUCUGCCCCCUAAAAGGGGCAGUAAGGUGGAUGAGGUGACUGGUUUAGCUGAAGAGCUGGCCCUCACUCUGGGGGAGGCUCUGCCUAGUCUAAGAGGUGAGGUGGUUCUGGAUGACCGGACACAGAUGACCAUUGGUAAGAGGCUGAAGGAUGCCAGUCGGCUUGGAUACCCGUACGUGGUGGUAGUGGGGCAGAAGGCUGCCGAGGAGACGCCCAGGUUUGAGGUGAUCUGUCAGCAGACUGGUGAGACAACGUUCCUCAGUAGGGAUGGGCUGGUAGACCUACUCAGAUGUGUGGAGACAGUCUGAGUUGGACUGAUCUUGACAUGGAACUGGACUACUGAGGGCAUGACACAACCUAUUCCCCAUCAGGAGACUGAAAAGAUUUGGCAUGGGUCCCCAGAUCCUCAAAAGGUUGUACAGCUGCACAAUGGAGAGCAUCCUGACUGGUUGCAUCACUGCCUGGUAUGGCAACUGCUCGGCAUCUGACCGUAAGGCGCUACAGAGGGUAGUGCGAUCGGCCCAGUACAUCACUGGGGCCAAGGUUCCUGCCAUCCAGGACCUAUAUAAUAGGCGGUGUCAGAGGAAAGCCCAUAAAAUUGUCAGAAUCCAGUCACCCAAGUUAUAGACUGUUUUCUCUGCUACCGCACAGAAAGCGGUACUGGAGCGCCAAGUCGAGAACCAAAGGGCUCCUCAAUAGCUUCUACCCCCCAAGCCACAAGACUGCUGAACAAUUAAUAAAAAUCGCCACUGGACAAUUUACAUUGACCCCCCCAGUAUAUAGCCUCGUUAUUCUUGUUACUUUUUAUUUUAGCCUACUUGGUAAAUAUUUUGUUCUUGAACUGCACUAUUGGUUACGGACUUGUAAGUAAGCAUUUCACAGUUAAGUCUAUACUUGUUGUAUUCGGCGCAUGUGGAAAAUUAAAGUUUGAUUUGACUAAA